AUUUCUAUUUUCGCUCAUUUCGACCUCUUAUAAGGCAUUUUUACUCCUCUCUUGCUUAGCCUUCUAAAACCCUAGUUCUCCCCUCCUCUCAAAACCCUAGCACCCUUUUCUUUUUCUCUCAUCGUUCAUCGUCAUUAUCAUCCAUGGAGUUCUGGGGUAUUGAAGUUAAGGCUGGACAGCCUAUUAAAACAGACCCUGGUGCCAGUUAUAUCAUCCAUCUUUCCCAGGCAUCACUUGGCGAGUCGAAGAACAAAGCAGAAUCUGUUCCCCUUUAUGUGAAUGCCAAUGGGAAGAAACUUGUUCUUGGAACUCUUUCCCACCAGAAUUGCCCUCAAUUAACUUUUGAUUUAGUAUUUGACCAAGACUUUGAGCUCUCUCACAACUGGAAAAAUGGGAGCGUCUAUUUUAUUGGUUAUAGAACUUUUGUGCCAGAGGAAGGCACUGAAGAUGAAUUCGAUACGCCAAGCGAGGAAGAAAGUAGUGAGGAGGAGGAGGUUCCUGUGGCUGCUGCAGAAAAUGGAAAAACUAAGAUAGAUACAAAAACAGCAAACGCUGAUACUGGGAUCAAGAUAGCAGAACCAGGCAAUAACAAGAAAACUGAGGAUGAUGAUGAUGAAAGUGGUUCUGAUGAGGAUGAUGAUUCUGAGGAUGAAGAUGAGUCUGAUGAGAUGUCUAUGGAUGAAGGUUCAGAUGAUGAGGAUGAGGAGACUCCUAAGAAAGUUGAGUCAAGCAAGAAGAGAUCUGCCGAAGCCACAACCCCUGUUUCUGCAAAAAAGGCAAAAUCUGCAGCUACACCCCAGAAGACAGAUGGUAAGAAGGGUGGUCACGCAGCAACACCACACCCAUCAAAGCAGGCUGGGAAAAAUUCUGCAAAGAGUCCAAAGUCUGGUGGGCAAUUCUCUUGCGGGUCUUGUAACAAGUCAUUUGGCUCUGAGGGUGGUCUAGAAUCUCACAAGAAGGCCAAGCAUGGUGGCAAAUGAGAAGGUGUUACAUGCUCUUGGAUGUUUAAUUUUGGGAGAGAUGUUUUCUAUUGUGGUUUUGGUAGAAUAUGCUUUUAGCAUAUAUGGGAGGGGUUUAUGGUUAAAAAGACUUUGGGGGGUCCUUAUUUCUGAUUCCAAACUAUAAUUUUGGAUACUAUCUUUUGGUUGUAAUGUUGUCUAGGCGUCUGUUCUCUUCUUGUCCGUUUUGCAUUUACAUAGGAUCUUAUAAGAAUGAAAGGAUUAUGUUCUGGAAGCUA